GGUGGCUUUAUUGAUAGACUAUGUAAGGUAUAUCUUCCUGGAUUUAUAGGCUCUGGCGGUACAUGUCAUAAGAUAUAACUAUAGCUGUGCGGCGUGCAAACCGGCGAAACGUAGAGUCAACUAAACCCUUCGAUAGGAGCCCGCGCAACGUUAGCUGACGAUGCCGUCUUUAUCCACGCCAGCGGUAGAUACCCACGGCAUUUCUUUGCCGUCUCGAUACUCCAUUCGACCAAUCGAUGCCACUCUGGCCCCGUGGGCAAAAGCCCUGAUGGUGCAAGGCUUCUUCCUGCGGCCAUCCAUAUGGGAACCUCUACUGCCCGAACCCAAGGUUGCCAACGCCCUGCGGGCCUUCACCGCGCUCGACGGGCACUUCGCCCACGCCAUCGACAGCGGCCUAUCAUACGCCGUCAUGGACUCGGAGUACGAGUUCCGACGACCCGAAUCCGUCGCCUCCGGGGGCGGCCUUUACUGGAGCGAGCUUGACCCGGACGAUGCCAACUUCGAGCGAGACGGCAGAGACAAGAUGCUGGAGCGCAUGGACUUCCCCAUGGUCUGCCUGGCCCUCUCCGUCGACGGGUACGACAAGAAGCCCGAUGAGGCUUCCAGGGCGCUAUACCAGUUCAUGCCGCUCGUGAGGGAGCUGGGCAGCUACUUUGGGCAAAAAGAGAGAGAGUCGGGCGAAACUUGGGAGCCGAGCAACAUGGGCGAGCGGAUGAUUCGCUCUGGCUGUGUCACGCAGCCAGGAUACGAAGGCAGGGGGCUCAUGACGGCCCUCAACCAUUUCGUCAGUAAGCAGCUCUCGCGAAUUCUUCCUUGCCUCUCCUCAUUAUGAGUCAUGUGCAUGCAGCGGAAUUUUCUAGCUGCCGUAUGUAGUGUUGGAGGCAAAAGCUCGGGGGUUUUAUGCGAUCACUGUCGGCACCGGAAACGCAUCGAUAUACCGCAACUGGAUGAAAGCGCCGGCGGGCUGCCAAAGCAAAGUCGUUGCAUAUGUUAAUAUUUGGGACAUCGAGUUGAAAGACGAGCAAGGACACAUGAUUCGCCCCUACGUCGACUCGGGCAUGCAAAAGCAAGGGUGGCUUAUAUGGUGUGAGCUG